CUGAGCCGGAGAACACGCUCAUUGGACAGUGUCCGCGGUGGGGCGGGACAAACGCCAGAGCGGAAGUGAGCCGUCGCGUCGCUGAUUACGUAAGGCCGGGGCGGCCGAGGAGGUUCCGCUGGCCUGUGUGUACGCGGCGACCCAGUCCCGCCGCGGCCUGCUCGGCUCCGAUCGCGCCUGCAACCCCGGCCCCGACGCCAUCUGCGGCCCGGCCGCCGCGUGGACAUGGACUCCGCCGGCCAAGAUAUCAAUCUGAAUUCUCCUAACAAGGGUUUGCUGUCUGACUCCAUGACGGACGUCCCUGUCGACACGGGUGUGGCUGCCCGGGCUCCUGCUGUAGAGGGUCUGACGGAGGCUGAAGAGGAGGAGCUCAGGGCUGAGCUUGCCAAGGUGGAAGAGGAAAUCGUCACUCUGCGCCAGGUCCUGGCAGCCAAGGAGAGGCACUGUGGGGAGCUGAAAAGGAAGCUGGGCCUCUCUGCCUUGGAGGGGCUGAAGCAGAACCUGUCCCGGAGCUGGCACGAUGUGCAGGUCUCUAACGCCUACGUGAAAACUUCUGAGAAACUUGGAGAGUGGAAUGAAAAAGUGACGCAGUCAGACCUCUACAAGAAGACUCAGGAAACUCUCUCCCAGGCAGGACAGAAGACGUCGGUGGCCCUCUCUACCGUGGGCUCCGCGAUUAGCCGGAAGCUUGGAGACAUGAGGGCUCACCCGCUCUCGUGCUCCUUUAGCAGCUACUCCAUCCGCCACUCCAUAAGCAUGCCAGCCAUGAGGAACUCUGCCACCUUCAAGUCUUUUGAGGAUCGCGUUGGGACCAUAAAGUCUAAAGUUGUAGGAGGCGGAGAGAGUAGCGGUGGCAGCCUUCCUUCUCCGACAGGAAGUGGCGAUCAGCCCCUGCCAGAUCAUGCUCCUUUCUAAGCCCCGUCGUAGCUCUGCCCUGCCAUGGACCCAGUGCAAGAACCCUCUUGACUCAUCCCAGUCACGACCGCACGACAGAAACCAAUGGCCAAGUCCUGGGCGGGCAGCCGUGCCCAUCGUCGCGUGGACGUGGCUGCCGCACUCGGCGUGGGCGAGAGAACCCAGUCUGCACGCAGAUGUUUCACACUAAAGUACCAUAGAUCGCUGUACCAUCCUUCCUGGGGGUGCGGGAAGAGGACAGGACGGUGGGUCCUGGGGUCUCCAGCCAAAGCCCGAGCUCCCUUUUGGAAUCUUGUUGGCUGGUCAGAAUGCUGAAGGCCUGGGAAGAGCUGAAGCAUGAAAUAAGUGGUGUUUCUAGCCACCUCCUUCCCAAGCCACAGAAGAAUCCAGUAGCCUAGGAAGCUGUGCCUGACCUCGGUUUGUAUUUCAAAAUGCUGAGCAAGGAAACUGUCCAUUUUCUCCGAGAUUUCCCCAGAAAGGAAAUGAAUUAUUAGUAGCUGCCUAAUUGUUACACUAAUGAUCUAGCUUUAACAAAGUAAAUCCUUUAUUUUUUAAACACAGUGGACUUUUCAAAAAUUAAAACUAAGCCAAGCAGCUUUAGCCUCAUAGUUAGAGAAUAUUAUUUCUUUGGACUCAAGCUGAAACAUGCCUUAUAUCGCCUUAUGCUUUGUUUAUAUCUUUUUAUAUAUAGAAAUGAGGGUUCUUUGGUGGGUCUGAGCACUGUUUGGAAUUUUGCGUCCAUUCUGCAGGACAGUGUGUCUGCACCAGUUGGUGGGCUCGUUUCCCUUACUCACUCUGUCCGGUCUAAGACCUUGCUUCUCUCUCCCCUAAACGACUGUGGCAGUUCCCGCUGGCCCCCUCCAGCCAAAGGGCUCCCGGGCCUUGGGGAGGGGGGCACAAGAACAAGAAGCCCCCGCCUCCAGCCCCCAUGCAGGAGACUCGCCCAUCCUUUGCUGCCUGGUGGUCCCGAGUGGGCCUGGCCCCUGGUGUCCCAGGCUGCCCUUGCUUCCUGCAUGGACAGGUUGGGCCAGCAAAAGCCCCCUGCCCAGAAUCAGCUGGGGCUCUGCGUCACCUUUUCUCAGGAGCUGGAAAAUCCCUUUCCCUGCCUGAAACCACCACACCCUGGCAGCCUUUCCCAGCCAGGCCCCUGCGCGUGGGGAGGUGAAGUCUCGGGGCAGUUUGUGCCUUACCGGCUCUUAACGGGGGACUGAACCCCCAUCUGCUCGUGCAUAUCUGCAGGCUUCUUGGCGAGAACGGGGGUCACCUGCUGGUCCAGUAGAACCUCGAUGUGCUUUCUGCCCAGGUGAGCCAGUGCUGGCUCCUGAGUGUCUGUGUGUCACUUCAGACACCCCGUGGGGCUGCCCUCCCCAGGCGGCCUGGAUGCAGGUGUCGCGGGAAGACUGCUGCUCGGCCUCCUUUUUCCAGGGUUUUUAUUUUUGCUUAAGCUUGAUCAGGUGGGGGUGUGGUGAGAAGGCAGGUUGCAGGCGUGGUAGCUGAUGUAUCUUUUCUUUAAAGUGAAUAAUGGGUAAUUUGUCAAUAAAGCAUUCCUUUCGGGGAAAAAAGUCCA